AUGAAGAUCCCGGAUUUGCCCAAAGGUUUGAAAUGUAUUUCUAUGGGCACAAAAUAUGCCUUCGAACCGCGGCCGCUGCCCCAGGUGCGCAAAAAUCAACCAGCUCCCUACCUUGGUCUUAGAUCUAGACUAUCUCAGAUCUGGCUCAAUUGUUGGACAGCACUGUUCAUCCUCGUGCUGGCUCGGCUUGUUAUGCUCAUCUCCGGUCUAAACGACAACAUCACUGAUGCGAAGGAAAAGGCACUCUCUGCUUGCACAAAGGUCGAAGAUAUAGGUAGCGCUAUGGCGUCUAUGCCGCACUACCUCUCGCACGGAGUCAACAAACUGGCUGUAGAAAGUGUUUCCCGCGAGGUCAGCGGCACGGUGAAUAUGCUCCUCUUGGUUCUCACAACCUUCGAGAACAUCAUUUACUUUGCCAUCAACUUUCAUAUUGGAACGUAUGUCUGCCUCAUCGCCGCCUUUGUUCACGGUGCCUUCGACGUUGGCAUUGACGCUGCGGACGCCAUGGCUGAGCAAAUGAGCAACGCCAUCGGCAAGAUUACCGAAGGCCUCAACGACGAGGUCAACAAGUUUCAAAGCACCAUCAACGAUUUAGUAAGCAAACUCAACAAAGGGACCAGCCUCGGCGGUCUCCUAGGCGGUGCUGCUACCGUGCCAAAGUUAGACAUCUCUGGUAGCCUGGGUGAUCUGAAAAGCAUCCACAUCGACAGUGGCGAUUUCGUACGUAGCCUUAAAGACAUGAAAGCAAAGACUCCGACUUUCGACGACGUGCAAAACUUCACCAAACGGACCAUCGCCGUUCCUUUUGAUCUCGCGAGGAAGAAACUCAACGAAAGCUCUGGCGCGUGGGUGCCGCCAGAUGAUAUGUUCCCGCUGGCACCAAAACAGUCGUUGUCGUUCUGCUCCGACAAUACGGCUGUCGCCGACUUUUUCAACGGGCUAUAUAGGAUCGUGCAUCGUACCCAAAUCGUGCUGCUCGUGAUCAUGCUGAUCCUCGCCUCGCUUGCAUGCAUCCUUAUGGCGGUGCUAGAAGCCAGACGGUACUAUAACCAAAAGAAACUUGCUCAACAGAUGCUCGAUGGGGAGUACGACGCUAUGGAUGCUCUUUACCAAGGAUCUCGUCCACUCUCGUCUGCCUUGGGCUUGUGGAUCGGAAGCAAGCUGAAGCGGAGCGAUCGUGAGUAUCUUGCUAGGUGGGCCUGGACCUAUGUGACAUCGGCGCCUGCGCUUUUUGUGUUCUGGCUGGCAGUCGCUGGCAUGAUUUCCUGUCUUUGCCAGCUUAUCAUUCUUCGGUUGGUAAAGAAGGAGGCGCCUGCGUUGAUCAACAGGGUCGGCGAUUUUGCCAAGGACGUGGUGAGCACCCUCGAUGAAGUGUCGACCAGGUGGGCCACCGACGCGAACGAGGUUCUGGUCAAGCAUACCAACGAAAUCAACACCAAGCUCCUCAGCAACGUAAAGACGGCAACUUCAGCAGUCAAUAACACACUCAGUACUUUCCAGACCGAGAUGAACAAGCGAUUGGACGACGUUUUCGAAGGCACUGUACUGCAUAACGUCGUCAAGGACGUGGUUCGAUGUCUGCUGGGGCUCAAGAUCGAGGCGGUCGAAAACGGAAUAAAGUGGGUCAACGAACAAGCACAUUUUUCCUUCCCGCUCUUCCCCCGAGAUUUGUUCAGCUCUGGGGCGCAGCAAUCCAUCUUGGGCGAUUCGAACAUGACUUCAUUUCUCUCAAGCCCAUCCACUGUAACGACCGAUGAGAUCUCUGCGGCUGUGUACCAGGUCAUCGACCGCCUGCGAAAUGGAAUGAUGCGUGACGCACUCAUCUCGGUCGGCUUGCUGCUGGUAUACCUUGUCUUUGUGCUGGUGGCAUUGUUCAUCCUCGUGCUGGCUCGGCUUGUUAUGCUCAUCUCCGGUCUAAACGACAACAUCACUGAUGCGAAGGAAAAGGCACUCUCUGCUUGCACAAAGGUCGAAGAUAUAGGUAGCGCUAUGGCGUCUAUGCCGCACUACCUCUCGCACGGAGUAAACAAACUGGCUGUAGAAAGUAUUUCCCGCGAGGUCAGCGGCACGGUGAAUAUGCUCCUCUUGGUUCUCACAAACAUCGAAAACAUCAUUUACUUAGCCAUCAACUUUCAUAUUGGAACGUAUGUCUGCCUCAUCGCCGCCUUUAUUCACGGUGCCUUCGACGUUGGCAUUGAAGCAGCGGACGCCAUGGCUGAGCAAAUGAGCAACGCCAUCGGCAAGAUUACCGAAGGCCUCAACGACGAGGUCAACAAGUUUCAAAGCACCAUCAACGAUUUAGUAAGCAAACUCAACAAAGGGACCAGCCUCGGCGGUCUCCUAGGCAGCGAUUCUGCUACCGUGCCCAAGUUAGAUAUCUCUGGUAGCCUGGGUGAUCUGAAGAGCAUCCACAUCGACAGUGGCGAUUUCGUACGUAGCCUUAAAGACAUGAAAGAAAAGACUCCGACUUUCGACGACGUGCAAAACUUCACCAAACGUACCAUCGCCGUUCCUUUUGAUCUCGCGAGGAAGGAACUCAACGAAAGCUCUGGCGCGUGGGUGCCGCCAGAUGAUAUGUUCCCUUUGGCACCAAAACAGUCGUUGUCGUUCUGCUCCGGCAAUACAGCUGUCGCCGACUUUUUCAACGGGCUAUAUAGGAUCGUGCAUCGUACCCAAAUCGUGUUGCUCGUGAUCAUGCCGAUCCUCGCCUCGCUUGCAUGCAUCCUUAUGGCGGUGCUAGAAGCCAGACGGUACUAUAGCCAAAAGAAACUUGCUCAACAGAUGCUCGAUGGGGAGUACGACGCUAUGGAUGCUCUUUACCAAGGAUCUCGUCCACUCUCGUCUGCCUUGGGCUUGUGGAUCGGAAGCAAGCUGAAGCGGAGCGAUCGUGAGUAUCUUGCUAGGUGGGCCUGGGCCUAUGUGACAUCGGCGCCUGCGCUUUUUGUGUUUUGGCUGGCAGUCGCUGGCAUGCUUUCCUGUCUUUGCCAGCUUAUCAUUCUUCGGCUGGUAAAGAAGGAGGCGCCUGCGCUGAUCAACAGGGUCGGCGAUUUUGCCAAGGACGUGGUGAGCACCCUCGAUGAAGUGUCGACCAGGUGGGCCACCGACGCGAACGAGGUUCUGGUCAAGCAUACCAACGAGAUCAACACCAAGCUCCUCAGCAACGUAAAGACGGCAACUUCAGCAGUCAAUAACACACUCAGUACUUUCCAGACCGAGAUGAACAAGCGAUUGGACGACGUUUUCGAAGGCACUGUACUGCAUAACGUCGUCAAGGACGUGGUUCGAUGUCUGCUGGGGCUCAAGAUCGAGGCGGUCGAAAACGGAAUAAAGUGGGUCAACGAACAAGCACAUUUUUCCUUCCCGCUCUUCCCCCGAGAUUUGUUCAGCUCUGGGGCGCAGCAAUCCAUCUUGGGCGAUUCGAACAUGACUUCAUUUCUCUCAAGCCCAUCCACUGUAACGACCGAUGAGAUCUCUGCGGCUGUGUACCAGGUCAUCGACCGCCUGCGAAAUGGAAUGAUCCGUGACGCACUCAUCUCGGUCGGCUUGCUGCUGGUAUACCUUGUCUUUGUGCUGGUGGGUGUGAUUCGCUUACUAUUCAACAUCAAGGGACCCACAGGACCCGUUGGCAGUACUACAGCCAACCCAUGCAAUACCGAUUUCACGAUUGAGACUUUGCAGCACAAGUACGAGGAGCCAGCAGCUAGUGCACCAAGAGACCCCACCACAAGCCCACACAGACUAGCCCCGCGGACAACGGUCUCGUGA